AAGACUAAUUUUUAGUUUUUUCUGUGUACAUUUCGACAUACAUACAUUUAAGCAAAUAACAUUUACAUGAUCAUAUUAAAUAAUUUAGAAUUUCUUGAGUAUUUUAGUUAACAUCGUAUUUCCUUUUGCUUUCAGAAAUAAUAUUCCACUACCGAGCAAAUAAAUAAUCGCCACAAAAGAGUUCCAAAAACGAAGCAUUGAGGGAGUUGUUGAGAUGCAUUUCUGCACCCAAACCGAAUUGGCUCACUAAGUUGAGUGUCUGAGAGAGAAACGAAAACCUUCUUACGCACAUCCACCAAACGGCUAACGCGAAAAUGUCGAAACAGCAUUCCGAUAAUGAUAAUCUGCGCAACGACAUCUACGAGAAUCUGCCCUGUCAGGCUAUGUACAAUGACGCCGUGCGCAAAAUACAACAACAAAAGUCUGCCCAAUCGAACACAAACAAUGCCGUCGCUGCAGCGGUGGCCAACAACCCGCUCUCCCAGCAGCUGUUAUUGAACAACAUUAGUAAUCAGAAUGCCGCUAACUCCAAUUCUCAAACUAACUCUACCGGCUUGAGCAACAGCAAACAACAGUCUUCGCCGCUCUCGCUGCAGCAGCAGUCGAACAACCGGCAUUAUGGCGCUACUAACAUGUCCAAAGAGAUGCUCUACGCCACCCCAUUGCGCAAAUCGGAUCGUUACAAAAGCGGCGAACGCCUGCGCUUCAACAGUUCGGGUACACGCGUGCGUGCAGGUGGCAACCACGAUACCCAUGAGACGCACGAUGCCAAAUUGUCCAAUCUCUUAGAGUACAAGCAACUCAACUCAAAGGAACUAACUCGGCUAUGCAGUCGGAAUGGCAACGCCAUUCCAGUAACGGAUCUCGAUGAUGACGUUGCUGUGGAUGGCUGCUCGUCGAGCGCAUUAGUUGGUGGUUCACUUUACUCGAAUCAGCCUGCAUCAUUGCCACCGCUUCCCAACUCUACGACUCCCAGUCAUCAACUGGAGGAUCGGCGUAUACUUAAUUUUCUCAAGGACACCACACAGUUGCAAAAGAAACUGGAGGUAUCUAGCCGUGACUGUCCCAACGCGAGUUUUUCAAAUUUGGCUCGAGAGGAACACUUUGCCAAUUUAGUUCAACAGAAUUUCACCAUCGAAGCAACGCGUAAUAAAGGGGACCACAAUGCUGAGGGUAAUGAAGAUCGCAGCUUGAGUGUCACUGUGGAUACAAGCGAAUCGGUAUUAACAGAGACUGCUGAUAACCUAGAGGUUUUAAUGCAGAAGAAACUUUCGCCCGACAAAGAAGUUAGCGGCAUUGCAUCGUCAAGUGGCUCUCAAAGUCAGACUCUUACAGCGCGUAGCGGACAACCAGUGUACAUACACCGCGAAUGGGUGCUGAAGAAGAUAGCGUUGUGCUUGGAACAGCGCACCGCAGGCAAGAAGAAUAUGCCGGGCCUACUUAGUACUGGUGCUGUAGGCAAAGCCGAAGCCGUUGGUGGUUUUAUGGCAGCUCGUGCCAAAGCAGCAGCCAUAUCCAGUUCUACGUAUAAUGGUUGCCUCGUACUGGGCUCCAAUGGUUCCGGUAAAACUUCGAUCUGUCAAGCCAUUAUGAAUGGCAACUCUGGCACAAAAGGCAUACUGAAUCGCAAACUACUUGGUUGCUAUCUGAUCGAAUCACAGAACCCCGAAUGUCACAGCCUCUCUCUGUUUAUGCGUAAAAUAGUGCUACAAGUAUUAAGUCAUUCCUCACUAAUUGCAAAGGACGAAUGUCAGCGCGUGAUUGAUGAAGGAUUCUCCUUUCUGCAAGAGGAGGCACAACAGCAAGAAUCUAAACUGGAUGAGGCUAUGAAUAACAUUACAUUGGACGAAAAUGUUGAAGACAUUCUAAUUGCUGAACUACGUCGUGGCGCCAAUAAUGGUGACAUCGACAAGCCAGAGCAUUUCCAACAAAGACGCACCUCGACUAACAACAAAAAGACCGGCAACGCUUGUAUUAUGCGCCAAAAGUCGGAACCUGCUGCUGCCGAAGGACAUUCUACGAUGGAUGACAAUAAGAAAUACAACAACUAUGGCACACACCCACCUUCAAUGGGUAACAAAAGUAAUACCAAAGAUCGCAACGAAGAUAAAGACAACGAUACAGAGAAAGGGAAGCGCAGCGAUGCAGAGAAGGAGAAAAGUUCGCCUUCAACAUCGAGCAAGUGCAGCCCAGGCAAAAAAUCAAAGAUACCAGUUAAACUCGGGCGCUCAAGUGCCGUUGCCUCACCAGUUAAAGUGACGGCUGUAUUAACACCUAGUAAUGGUGGUACAACUAUACAACACGGAGGUGGUGAAGAUAUUGCUGAUAUGAUAAGCGAAGAUCUCAAGAGUGAGAUCGAAGCUGCUAUUAAUGAAGACAAUGUUGAUGGUAACAAAUCCAUCGAAGAGAAUCCGAAAUCCGAUCGUGAUGAAGACGACGAAGACAAACCAGAGGCAGAUAAAAACCUUCAAGAAGAUCUCAAAGAAUGUGAGAACACAUUCGAAAAAGAGAAAAUCAUUGAAGAAGAUAAAGAAAAUUGCGAAAAUCUGAUUGAAUUCGAAAAGCUCAAUAAUCGCGAAUCCACAGACAACUACAUACAUCCCAGUGGCGCCAACGAUAAUAUGAACACGCUGCCACCGCCACUACCAAAGCCGAAAAGUUGUCGUACCGUAAUCGCAGAUGGUUACUAUGAAAUGUUGCUCUCAAAUCCGGAAAUAUUGGAGUGUUUGAAUGUCGAUAGCAUUGAAAAGAAUCCAGAUGAAUGCUUCAAAAAGGCCCUGCUAUUCCCACUGCUCGAGCUUACCCCGCCAAAAACAGCGCUUCUGCUGCUGAUCGAUUCCAUCGAUGAAAACUAUAUAAACGAGGGAAAUUUGAUUACCACUUUGAAGGGCGGAAGAGGCAUGUCGACUAAUCACAAGAGUCGCAACGUUGCGGAAUUAUUAUCCAAUCACAUACACCUCUUCCCGAAGUGGCUCUUUCUGGUGUGUACCACCAAAAAGCAAACCAAACAGAUCACACGCAUGUUUACAGGUUUUAAGAAGAUCACUUUGGAUGACCUACGCAAGUCGCACGUUGUGAAGGAUGUGCAGGAGUACAUAAUUAACAGACUAAACUCGGACUUUAAAGACAGUAUUAUGCUCACAAAGGAGAUAAUCGAAUCACUUCACCAGUUGUAUAUCAAAUCGAAUGGUUGUAUACUGUAUUUGGAGAAAGUGUUGAACGGUAUAAAAGAGAAUUUCUUCAGUUUUCGUGAGAUCAAGUUGAUACCAUGCACACUGAACGGCUUGUAUUUGUACAUUUGUCAGAAGUCGUUCAACAAAAAGCAAUACAUGAAAAUACGCCCACUGCUAAAUGUGCUGCUCGCUUCGUCUGGCUACGUCGAUAAACUCUUCCUCUUUAAUUGCCUGCGUACACACAAUUACGCCAUCGAUACGGAAGAAUUCGAGAAGCGUUUACAUUUGAUGAAAAAUAUUGUCGCCUACGAUGCGGACCAGCAGCGGUUGAGGAUAUUUCACAAUUCCUUUUCCGACUGGUUGGUCGACGUUAAGUUCGCUACGAAAAAGUUCAUUUGUGACGUCAAUGAAGGUCACGUAAUGGUCUCAAUGUACUACUUGCUGGUCGCCGACACACUGUGCGCAAAUAAUGUUCGGAAAUUUGUAUAUCAUCUGAUCAAGUCAGGCGAAUAUCUCACCAGUCGCAAUGUUAAUUUGGAUAUAAUACUCAUGUUACUCGAAUCACGACUGAAUUUGAACGACGCAUUCUACACGAACCACCUGAACUGCUGUUCUCAAUGCGAAAACGAUUUCAAGCACGACCCAAACUUUCUACCCAAGACACGCAGCAUGAUCGAUAAAUUCCUUAGCAGUGAAUUGACCGACGAGUUUUCGCAAUUUUUGUGUGAUUUCUUCAAGCCGAGCUUACCAACAGAUGCGAAGAUACUUAAGCUGUUAAUUGAAACCGGCAUCAAUAAUGCCGAAGCACAGAACUCAUGCGAAUCUUCGCUCAUGUCUCCUGAGCUGUCGGAGAAAUCGCAAAACAUAGACUUUGAACUGGCUGACCUGUUGAUAUCAAGCGAGAAGUCGUGCAUAUUGGAGACUCAACGCCCUACCAGCCCAUCGGAAAAGAGCGAGCCUCACCACGAGAGUCAAGAUGAAAAUGCUUCUAGCACGCUGCAUCAACUCUCCGACUCGAAUCGCAUUGAAUUGCACAAAGGUAAAGCGCUCAUACACAUCUUGGCCAACGAUGGCAACCAUCAGCUUCUCGAACGUGCGUUGAACGCGUGUAAAGGACCCAUCGAUCUCGAAAUUGAAGACUACAACGGACAAACGGCUUUGAAUAUUGCCGCACGCAACGGACAUUUGGAGGUUGUCAAAUUGUUAUUGAGCUUCUCUCAACCCUGCAAUGACGGCACUGGCCGCAUGAAGCGCGUGGAUGUCAAUCACGCCGACAGAGAUGGAUGGACACCUUUACGUUCAGCUUCGUGGGGUGGCCAUACAGAGGUCGUAAAACUUCUGAUCUCACAUCCCGCGUGUAAAAUUGAUUUAGCCGAUAAGGAGGGCCGAACUGCAUUGCGAGCAGCUGCCUGGAGCGGACACGAAGACAUUUUAAAAAUACUUAUCGAAUCUGGUGCGGACGUAAACUCCGUCGAUAGGCAAGGUCGCACCUCGUUGAUCGCCGCCUCUUAUAUGGGGCAUUACGAUAUUGUUGAAAUUCUGCUGGAAAAUGGUGCAAAUGUAAAUCACCUGGACUUAGAUGGACGUAGCGCACUUUGUGUAGCUGCGCUCUGUGGUUCGUCAGGCUAUAGCAAGGUUAUAUCGACGUUACUGGAACACGGUGCUAACACUGAUCAGCUGGACAACGACGGGAUGUCGCCACUACUUGUAAGUUCUUUCGAAGGUAACGCCGAGGUGUGCGAGCUAUUGCUCGAAAAUGGUGCGGAUCCCGAUUUAGCUGAUUUUAUGGGUCGUACGCCACUUUGGGCCGCCUGCACAGCCGGACAUGCAAACGUUGUAAAAUUGCUGCUUUUUUGGGGCUGUGGCAUCGACUGCAUGGACUCUGAGGGACGCACCGUGCUCAGUAUUGCAUCAGCGCAAGGCAAUGUGGAGACUGUAAGGCAACUACUCGAUCGUGGACUAGACGAAACACAUCGGGACAAUGCCGGCUGGACUCCAUUGCACUAUGCCGCUUUCGAAGGUUUCCAUGAAGUAUGUCUUCAGCUGUUAGAAUCGGGUGCGAAAAUAGACGAGUGCGACAAUGAAGGAAAGACUGCACUGCACCUGGCCGCACAAGAAGGUCGCACUAAAUGCAUUCAAAUCUUACUCGAAAUACAUCCGACAUUCGUUGACCAAAAGGCGCACGAUGGCAAAACGGCAUUCCGGCUCGCUUGCUUGGAGGGCCACCUUGAGACAUUGCAGUAUUUGUUGAAAUUCUGUUGCGAUGUGAACGCCAAGGACGCAGACUCGCGCACCACACUUUACAUACUGGCAUUAGAAAACAAAAUGGAUAUAGUCAAGUACCUGCUGGAAGUGACCAAUGUCGAUGUGAACAUACCAGAUAGCGAGGGGCGCACAGCGUUGCAUGUAGCAGCGUGGCAGGGUCAUGCAGAAAUGGUGAAGAUGCUUAUAACAAUGGGUAACGCUGAUGUCAACGCAAUGGACCUGGAAGCUCGCACACCGCUGCAUUCGUGUGCCUGGCAAGGCAAUCAUGAUGUCAUGAGCAUAUUGCUAUACUUCGGCGCAGUAGCGGACCAUGCAUGCAAACAAGGAGCAACGGCGUUGGGCAUUUCCGCACAGGAAGGACACGAGAAAUGUGUGAUCGCUUUACUUAAGUACGGCGCCAAUCCGUACAAGUCAGAUCAUUGCGGACGUACGCCAAUUAAAUUGGCAGCCAAAUCUAAUCGCACUAACAUACUGAAGAUUUUCGAAAACUUCACGAAAAGUGAUACCAACAAUCUAGUCGAGCCUGCGAAAUUCCACUCGAGCAUGCUGCGCUCUCCCGAUCAACCACCAGCGUUACCUGCUCACCAAAGCAUAGGACUGGGUGCUCCAGCAUAUCCGCCGCACGCUUCCGCUCCCUCGAUCUGCUCGGCGGCGACCACAGCCACGGUAAACAACAGUAUGAACAACAACAACAACAUGCAAGUGCCAUCAAAUAUACUGAAUGCAUCGACGUCGACACACAGCUCCAACAAUUUCUAUCAGAACACAAUGCAAUCGGACACGAGCAGCUUACACAAGCGAAAAAGUGUCAUCUCUAGUCAAUCGACCGGCAGCAGCAAUGAUCAAGCGCCGCUUACGUUCACACAACAGUUACAGCGCCAAACCAAACUCAAUUCGCGAAACAAUCCCUUCGUGCAGAAUGCGCCCAUCAUCAGCUCAAAGCACGGCGCCGCCUCAACAUCUUCCAACGCAGCAGCUGGAGCAAUGCAGCCGCAAUCGAAAGGACAUCACUCACAGCGGCAUUCACAGUUGCUGCCCGAUCUCAAUGAGCAUCAAUUUGUUUCUGGCAUCGGUGCCAAUGAGGCUGAUCUGUACGAUAUGGAAUGCAUGUCACCGCUCUAUGCUACGCCACCGCACUCGCCUAGCAGUGAACUGAGUUCACCCGGGCAGCUGCCUUCGCUGAAUGCAUUCGAUGAAAUCACCGCGGCGUCAGGAAGUUCGCUGGGAAAUCAUGGCAAUAGCAGUAGUUCUGGUGGCAAAUCAGUGCUACCAGAUAAUCACUUCGCCCGCGAUACGCACAUGCGCAUCAUUUUGGGCAAUUUAAAGGAAACCCAACCGAGCUCAUCGAGCAAAAGCAAACGUAGUGGCAUCACCACAAAUCCAGCAAUGCGUCUAAUACGUAGCCGUUUCGACUCUGCCGCCCAACUAAUACGGCGGACCAACAACAUGCUCUCCUCCAACAGCAAUCAGGGAUCCUCAAGCAUCGGCGUGAAAUCUGGCACAUUUCAGUGGCGCAAGGAGAGCCAAAUGUAAAUUGCUUACCAUGCAAUGUCAAGACAUUUUAUACAUUAACGGUGCAUGCGUACAAUUAACCGUAACUGUACUGAGGGAGAUAAUCAGUGGAGUUUCAAUCGAAAAUUAGUCAAGAAUGUAUUUCCUUUAGUUAAGAAUGAGCGUUUACGAUUUUAUUUGUGAUAAUUUAUUAUAUAAUUUGAACUUAAGCUGUAAUUUAUUUAUGUUUAUUCUUGCUUUUAAGUAAACAAUUUAAC